CAGCGUCAAUCAUUUCUCCUGCAGUCUUCACAGCGACAACUUCAGAUGGAGUAAAUCAUACUGCGUUAAACUAAACAUGGCACGGAACAUUAAAACACGAAUUUAAGAUUCAAAAGUCAAGCUUUGAAUUGUUGGUGUAAUUAUCUCUGAAUGUCCAGGUGUCAUGGGUUUAUGGAUGCUGGUCUGGUUUCUGUUUAUGUUGUCUCACAUGCCGGUGUUUGUUCAUGGUGGAAUAUCGGUGCAGUUUAAGAUUGGAGGAUCCUUGUAUGUGGCUCUGGGUGAAACUCUGGUUUUGGAAGCUGUUUUUAUGAAGAAUCCAGAGGAUAAGAUUGAUAUUGUGACAUGGGAGCGUGAAAGUGAAAAGGGGAAUGUGAGGAUAUCGGGCAAUACAGACAGAAUAUCUUUAGAGAAGGAUAAAGCGCUUCUGCGGAUUAAGCGUAUAAUCCCAGACGAUUUUGGCAUCUACAAGGUGACUGUUACAGACAGCAAUGGGCACCAAAAGCAUGCCUCAAAAGAAGUCAGAAAAAUAGAUGAUCCGCCAAAAGCGUCAGUCGUGCAUGUUUUGGAAUGUGGUGUGGACACCAGUAUAACACAGUGGGAUGUCCCUCAGUUCUCUUGGUUGGUGGACGGCGUUCCGGUAACCAAUCAAACAGCGCUGUUGUCUAACGGCAGUAAACUCGACAUCUCACAGGUUACUGGAUAUAACUACACCUGUGUUACCAAAAGCAGUCUGGGAGCAUCUGUGGCAUCAUAUCUGACAUUAAAACAUACUGAAGAAUCGAAGGAGUGUUGUUCUUCUUACAGCGGACUGAUUAUUGUUAGUAUUUUACUAGCACUCAUCUCCUGUGUGGCUGGUGGGUUUUACAUAAGAAAACGCUGUCAAACCAGGCAUUCACCAGUUUCCGGAUCUUAGUGACUCUCAAUUAUCAUUUUUUAUUGUAUUGUUAAUUUUAUGGUAUAUUUACUUUGUAUCGCAUUUCAGUGUUCUAGUUUAUGUUCAUCUGCUGUCUGUAAUGCAUGAAAGCAGUAGUUUUCUUUCUUUUGAUAGAUCAAGUGCAGUCACGUUUUCAAAGUUACACAGCUGAUUACCAAAGAUUUGUAAAGUGGUUUGGUGUAAGAAAAUACUCAGGCAAAUUUUGACUUUAAAUAAAUAUAUUUUUCGAAGGAAAACACCAUUUUGUUGCUUACUACCUCACUUGUUCUCUUGUUCUGUGUUAUACAUUAAAUGCAGUCAGAUUACCAAAAUAAAAUUUUGUAUGAAUCACACUUGUAAUAGUUAUGUGGGGUGUUUCUCUAUAGACGUAUUGUGUUGAAAGAGAAAAUAGUGCCUUUGUUACACUCUCAGAAAUAAAGGUACAAAAGUUGUCACUGGGACAGUACCCUUUUAAAAAGGUACAACUUUAUACCCAAAGAGUGCAUAUUAGUACUUCAAAGGUACAUAUUGGUAGUUCAAAGAUACAUAUUUGUACCUAAAUGGUACAUAUAAGGACCUUUUUUAAAAGGUACUGCCCCAGUGACAGCUUUGUAGCUUUAUUUUCACAAUGUACACAGGAACGGGAAAAAGGAAAUUCCAGCUUGAAAACACUGGAACGCCUAAGCCAGUGCUUCUCAAAUAGUGGGGCGGGACCCCCAGGGGGGGCUCGAAGCGACACCCUGGGGAAAAUACUUUUUCAGGAAGUGAUUUUUUUUGCACCGUCACUUAAAGACAUUACACCCCAAUCACACUGAUAAGCCGCUUGUGUUUUUUAUUUUUAUUUAUUGGUUAUAUUUAAUGUAAUUUUUCAGUAUCAAAUGGUCAAAAAAUAUUAUACUUUAAAUAAGAAUAGAUUUUUUUAUUUCAGGCAAAUUGAUGCAUUUUAAGUCUUUUCUGUUACAGACUAAAAACAAUGUUAAUAAAGUUAUUCUUUCUUUUUUGUGUUUUCUUUUUGUGUUUUCUCAAUGUGAAUAAGGAUACAAUGUUUUGCAGAUGUGUAAUUUUAUAGACAAAUUAUACUAUUUACAGUCGCGGUGGAGAGUUGGGGGGGGGCGCGAAAUGUUUACCUCUUCCUAGAGGGGGCGUGACAGAAAAUAAUUGAGAAGCACUGGCCUAAGCAAAUGACUGAGCAGAUAAGAUAAAUGACCAGAACUCAACCCAUAUACACAACUGUACUGAAAUAACUAACAUGUGAACUGUUUUAGUGAUAGACCGAUAUAUCGCCCAGACGAUAUAUCGGGCCGAUAUUUGCGAGUCUUAUGUGUAUCGGCAUAGGCCGAUACGUGGCUGCCAUGUUCGCCGAUUUUUUUCUGCCAUUAUUUAAAGACAGAGUGCUGGAACCCGCAAGCGAUUGCAGGUCAUGUGACUAAAAACAAUUAACCUUUCCAUGACAGUAUCGAAAGCUCGGCCUAACAGCUGAUCAUAGCUGAACAAAGCUGGUUUUUUUUCUCAUCUCUAUGGGGUGGUUUCCCGGACAGGGAUUAGACUAGUCCUAGACUAAAAUGAAUGUAAGAACUGUCCAAACUAAUAACAUCUCUUUUUAACAACAUGCCAUUUUUUUACAUAAUUUUUAUGAUGUAAAUUGAGUGAGCAAAAGCAGUAUCGGCUCCAAAUAUCGGCUCAAGAAAAUCGGCAGCCUGUAUCGGUCAUCGGCUAAGGCUGAUGAAACAAAAAUCGGCAUCGGCACUGAAAAAUCCAUAUCGGUCGAUAACUAGUUUUAAUCAUUAGUUAUUCAGUUUGAAACAGAAGAGGUUUCUGAAGAAAAACAGGUGGAGG